AUGAGCCAAUUCCAGUCCUUUCUUUUUGACACAGGGGCUGGAGAGGAGCCCCAUCUCUCCCAACCAUCUAAUCUUCAAGAAAGUUUCUUAGUGAUACCUGACCGGGUAUCCAAAGACUCAAAUACUGCGGUUAAAGUGAACGAUAAUCGACCGGCUCUUGACUCCAAGAAUGAACAAUCAGGUAAAAUUUCGAAACAUGCAAAUAAAUAUGAACUCACAGUUUCUCUUCAUGACCAUUCAACAUCAGGAGAAAAUGUAUUAGUUGAUCUCAACUCUGUUCCUGGUUUAAAAGUUGGCGAUUUCGCAAUGUUGUACAAGAAGUCUUCAAACCCCUUGCCAAACAAAAAGGAUAGCAUUAACAAUGCCGAUUCUAAAAAGCUAAAGGCCAAGAAAGGUAAAAAGCGUCUUAUAUUCCAAAUAAAAGAAAUGGAUUCACAGCUACUAAAAAGAUUGAAUAAUAAAUUCCAGAUAUCUUUAUGCAACAAUAGUCUUCCAUUAUAUUUAAAUAUCAAGAAAUCUAACCAAUUAUGUAUCAAAAAAAUUUCUCCCGAAACGUACCAUAUCAACCUAAUUGAAGUUUAUAUUAAAGAUAUCUAUUUGUCGAGGGGUGAUAUGUGGAUACUUUCAAAUCAUAUUGUGAAUAAUUACUCCUACUGUUAUGUGGGCCAAAAUCUAACGAUUUUUAACUCCAUAAAUUUAGCCAUAUCAAAAAUUCACAUCCGAGACUCCAAUGUUUACUCAGGUAUUAUUGAUAAAGCAAAGACUAAAAUUGUUUUUAGAUCAAAAUCCUCCAAACUCACAUUUAUGAUUCAACUCUCGAGCGAUAUGUUCCAUUUUGAUGUUAAUGGAGAUAUUCUUUACAACAAAAUCAUCAAUUCUUUGUUUCCUUCAAUUUUUCAAAGCUGGUUAGAUAUGGGUACCAACCACUUGAUUACUGUGAUCUUAUUUACAUCUAUAGUUGAUGAUGACGAUGACCAAUUGUUGAGUUGCAAAUUGGGUGAAACUUUUAAUAAUUCAAAGGAUUAUUAUAGAAUUGUGGUUGAUCAAAUAAACAUCAACCAUUGGUCUAAGAUUAUGAUUAACUUAAGAUAUGAAAUAUUGAAAUUUAGGGAAGAUAUUCAGUUGGUUAGAAAACAAUUAUUGCCAUCAGUGAAAGGAAAUAUUGUGCAGGCUUUGAAUUUGUCGACAAUUUUAAUGCUUAACAACGUGAAUAAUCUGACAUCAUUAAGGCAUACUCAAAACCACUUCAUUUUGGUUACUCCGGGCUCAGGCUUAUUUGAUAUUGAUAUUUCAAUGUUUGAAAAAACUGUUAAAAAAAUUUUAAAGCUUGAUAUUUCCAUCGAUUUAAUCUGUUUAGGUGCAAGGCCAAUUCAUUAUACACCAAUGUUCAGGUACAGAAACCUAAAUAACAAAUUGAUCUAUCGAUUUCCUGUUUGGUUUAAUUGUUUCUUUUGGAUCCAUAAUAGUUUUGUUAAUAGUUUUAACUUGAUGGAUAAUAGCGACAAUUCACAAAAGAAUAUUAUUAAAAUGAUGAAAAAUAAGAGCAAUAAACUUAGUAUCGAUGACGAGGAUAUGAAUAUUGAGUAUGCUAUGAAAUGCAAGAUUUAUGAGUUACAGAUGAUGGGCGUUAUGGAGUAUGAAAUGAGUGGUUUACAGGUUCCUUAUCUAUCAAGCAAGAUAGUUGACAGCCUGACUAAAGAAACUUUCAGGUUCAUUAAGGAGUAUAUUGAUGAGUAUGAUGACAAAGUUUUUAACAAUUCAUAUAUCGAUGUUGAUGAAGAUAGAAUUGACGAAGUUAUUAGUGCUAUUUUUUCAAGCGAUGAAAAAAAAUCCCAAUUGAAUUUUUCUGUAAAUGAUAAUAAGGAUACAAAUGAUCACAAAAAAAUUAAGGAUAAGAAAAAGAUUGCGAAGAACAAGUCUGAAAAAAGCCCCGUUGGGGACGGUGUCCAGAAGGCUAAUGCUAAUGAACCUGCUGAUAAAGAUGAACACCGAGUUUCUAAACGCUCUUCUAAACAGUUGCUAUCUAAAAAAUCUUUGCUUUUUCCUCUAACAGAUGCAAAAGGUGCAGCUGCACAAUCUGUUGUCUUAACUGAUGAUAUUUCUGGUACUACCAGCGAAAAACUUGGUGCGUCUGCUUAUUCUACGUUGAUGGAAACACAAUCCAAGAAAAAUGAGAAUUCGCCGUCGUUACAAUCCCAAAAUCAUCAACUAACUGCCCUAUUCAGAGAAAGGGAUGAUACAUUAUCACUUAUGUCGUCUGUAUCAAACACCGGGUCUCUAAGACUAGCUUCCACUGAUGACUUAACAUUAAAUAAACAAAAAACUAAUAAUUCAAGUGUGACUCAACUAUUUAUGAGAUCUCAAAAAGAAUCACCAAAUUCAAGCGCUAUUGGAACUAGACUGAACACUUUGAGAAACAUUUCUGAGAGAUUAUUCCAGGUUUUAGGAAAUCAUGAAAAUACGAAGGCUAAUGUUAAUGAGGUUGCGAAUGUCAAUAAUUCCUUCACUGAAAUCAAAGAUGACCAAUCAGUCCUUUCCAGAAAAUCUCAAGCUUCCAGAAAUGUCUCUAAAACUAUGAAAGGUCUAAACUUCACCUCUCCAUCAUAUUAUAAGGCAAGUCCCCUGCUACAAGAUUUGGGAAUGAAGAAAGACAAGUCCUCUUCCAGCAGCAUGAAAGCUCUGAAUAAAAAGUCUGGUUUUAAGAACCAUGAUACCAGAUUCCGCUACAAAAUGGUGAUGGAACAAGAAAGACUUAAAAUUGAUGAGGAGAAGUCCAAAUCAGAAAGCAUUUCAACCGUAAUGCCACCAAAUGGAAGCUCUAAAAAAUUAACAGAGCCAACGAAUAAAAUUAAGGAAGAUCUACCUAAAUUGAAACUUCUGAGAGUGAAAGGGAAAGGAAACGACCAAGAAGCUUAUUUGGGGAUAUUGAUAGAAAAUCCAAUGAAGCUUCAUGAUAUUGAUUUAGAUUUUGGCUCAAUUAAUUUUGGCAAGUGGAACAACACUUACUCUGUUACUCCCAAGACACAGAAGAUGAAUGAAAAAUUCAAAAAUAGGCAUGCCUUGGAAAUGUUUGCUGUUGAUGGCUCCUUGUUGACGUCUCCAAGUAACAAAUUUCACGAAAGCAACAAUCUUAAUAGUAAUAAUACCAACCAAAAAGCAAAAGAGAAUUUGAUCAGUUGGAGAUCAUUACUUUGCCCAGCCUCAUUGCCAACGACAUCAAAUGAGUUUCCUGACCCCGCUGAAUUGAAGUAUGGCUAUUCUUUGAUUAGUUAUGAGAUCUUGCCAAAUUCUAAAUUUAAAGAUCUUAUUAGCGUGAAAGACUUAUUCAAAGAAAUGAUAUAUGUGAGAUUGAUGAUGGGAUUCCAGAUUUGUGAUGCAUCCAGCAAUGAAAUUAUUAGAAAUUUUGAAAUUAAUGAGAAUGGAAGCUUCCAGAAAAACGUUAGUAUGCUAAGUUAUUAUUUACCAAAGGAUUUUGGAGACAGAGACUUGCCAUUAAAUUCCUAUAAUCCUAUUGCAUAUCUCAUCGUUACUGAUGAGGUUCAUCGUAUUUUCCUCGAUUUCUAUGGUAAUAUAAGGGUUCGGAUCUUCAAACAGGAUGCAGUUCAAGAAAAUCAAAAGCACAUUGUGGAUGCUGUAGAAUUGAAUAGCCUUGGCAAUAAUGGUAAUGCCAAAAAACAAGUUGAAGGCACUUCUAAUGCUCCUCAUAAAGAUUCUGCAUAUAAGCCAUUUGUGAGAACCAGAUAUGAUACACAUUAUCGGGAAGUUGAGUUUGGGCCCUCGACCUUUGCCAUGACUCAAUACAAUUGGAACAAAAUAGAUUAUUACUUGGCUGGUAAUUUUGAUGAAAGGCAUGCAGAUUUUGCAUAUGAUGAGGAUGAUAAGAUCAAUGUUUUCCAGAUCCGACUUGUUAUUGUGAGGUCUUCCCGUGCCAGUGGUAAGGCUGUUGAUAAUUUCGGUAAUGAUUAUACCAGUGAAAAGGACAGUGCGCUCGAUAACAAUAGUUUUUUGAGUAAAGCAGCCAGCGUCAAUGAAACAGGAAAUUAUUCCAAACAUUUUGAGAACGUGAAGAAUUUCUUGAAAUUUGUGCAAAAGGAUGAGUAUAGAGGCUCUGAUGAUUAUGAAAACUAUGAACACGAAUCGUCGGCUCUAACAAAUGGUAAUAAGAUGAAACCAAUGAUUCUUGAUAUUGAUCCGAGUAACAAAUCACAUAAACCAGAAAUUCUUAAAAUCUACUACGAUGAUAUUUCCCAAAACAUGUUCAAUAGAACAGGUUAUUCAUUCGAUAUGAAUUGCUUCCACAUAAAGUUACAAUGGUUGGCAACAACACCAAAAUUAAUUGAUGAUUUAGUUACUAAGUGGGCCCAUGCUUGUGAAAGAUUCCAGUUGAAGUUGAUUGAGGUUCCAACUUAUGAAGCUUAUAAGACACCUAAGAUCAACCCAUUUCAUUCUUUUGUUAACAUUAAGUGCUGCUACAACCCUUGGGAUUAUGUUGAUGAGUAUUUUGGAAAUUUGGAUGGACCAAUGAAUAAAUACUUCUAUCAUAACUACUUACUUCAAGCAUGUGAUUUCUAUUUGGAUGAUGGUAAUGAGAAAUUUAUUAAUGAUGAGUAUACGAUAUCUGAUUCUGUUCAUUUAACUGAUCAUCAAAAUUCAGAGGACAAUAUCAGUGUUAUCAAUGUUACUGAUUACAAUAAGGCUUCUGGUGAAGACUUUAAAUACAUUCAGUAUAUUCACAAAUCUGGAGCAUAUCUUGCGGAAUUGAAAGAAAACGGUGAGUUCUUUUUGGCUCCAAAUAAUAUUUUCAUCGCUCGAAUCAAUUUGAGAAAGCAGGCAUUAAGGAAAAAGCAAAAAGAGAAUGACUUAAAGGGUUAUAAUAACAAUAGCGCUACCAGUAAUAAUGGUAAUAACAAAAUGAAUGACUCCUUAUUCAGUGACAUCAAUAAUGGAUAUUCCGCAAUUUAUAACUCGGAAAGGGAUUACAUGAAUGAUUAUGUUAAUUACGAAACAGCAAAGGUAACUGACGAAGACGAUUUAUUUUUUGAUUCACAAUCCAUCAUGAUUAACUUCUUGGAGAAAUGUAAUAGUUCAGAUUAUCUAAAGAAAAUCUUUAGUGAAGCCAGGGAAGCCUGGAUGAACAAAAGUGAACGGAAAAUUGGCAGCUACAACAAAGUAACUGACUCUCUCAUGGAAAACAAAGGCUCUAGUUUUGAAAGCAAUUUACAAGAGAUCAAUGCCAAAUAUAGUGCUGGUGCUGCUGAAAAUGCAGAAAUUUUGAGCAAUUCUGAUUUACAUUCCUCAAAGAGCUUAUAUAAUCACUGA